AUAAGUAAUACGACUGUACUGUAUCAAUAAUAAGUACAAGUUUAAGUCUAAAAGUAAACACUGGGACCAGAAAGCUUGGUGAGGUGAGCGCAAAAACCAAAUCUUUUCAACUGUGGACUUGCAAGCAUACAAAAGAUCGGAGAAGACGAGAAGACGAGACCACGAGACCACUUUGCGCUUGACAAAACGGUAGACCUAGAGUAGGUUUAGCUAGCUAUUAAUAGCAAUGGAGGAAGGGUCUGGAGGACCAGGCAAUGGUGGCGGAGAGGAAGAUAAUGUGGUCUUCCUUGGAGAACAAGGCGACGUUGAGGAUUAUUUGGAAGAGAAGUACAACGACUUUGUAACCUUGAAUGAAAAAGCCCAAGAAAAGUGGAUUUCAGUGGAGCGCAAUCGAGAUAUGGCACCUUCUGAGGUCCAUGCCAUUUGCAAGUUUGUCAUGAACGCAUGCCAACAAAUCAACGCAGCUUUCGAAGGAGUCCUCGAGAGUCUCAAACAAUCCAAAGAAGAGUUGGAGUUGGAACGAGAAGACGACGGGCCUGAUACUCAAGCAACUCUCAAAAACUGGACCAAUGGGGCGUUUAUAUUUCUAUUUAAGGCCGAUGCUGAAAUUCAUGACUUGGGCUGGAGUGUUAAGAACAGAGAAAAACUCAAGGAACUAGAAAGAAAGAAAGCUCCAAUCAGGGAUAACUUUGCUCUGUGGCAGCGCCAGUUAGAGGUUAUGCAGACCAUUGCCCUCAUGGAAGAAACGAUCAUAAAGGUCGACACUCAAAUGGACGAGUAUCGCCUUUGGUUUGCUACGGCAUACAGAAGGUUGCAGCGUUCCGAACACCAGGAGCGGGGGCGGGAGUCGGAAGAAGACGUCUAUAGUAUUGUUGCGGGAGACGAUAGUGACGAAGAUGAGACGAAUCUUGAGAUUUUGGUGGCACGCACCAACAGAUUUCCUGGUUCAGACUACCUUCGCCGUAUUCGCCGUAUGGAUCGUUGGCGGGAGGCUACCACACCACUACGUAAGAAGCAAUUCUUCCCCAAAUGGCACUAGCUAGUAGAAAGUAGGUAGUAAUGUGAUAUCUAGUAGUCUUUGGUAGUUUGGUC